ACGUAUAAUAGUAUGGUGCUUCCUGAAUCCUGAACUAUCGGAGAAAUGUAAGACUUCUGCAAAACAGCGAAGAUAUGUCCUGGCAAGCGUGUGGGUCCAGUAGACUAGUCUGGCGGUUCAUUUGAGUCAUUCUUCAGAAGCGCAGCUGUUUAUGUAAGAGUAAUGGAAGCUGUGGUAAGCCUUAACCCUAAGUGUGUGGUUGAUCUGGAGUCUGAUAUUGAUGAAGAUAUCGAACGACUGAAGGGCAAGUGGACUUCAAAAGAGGACGAAAGCCUUGCGUCCCUCGUGGUGAGGUUUGGACGGGAGGAGUGGGAGCUGAUUGCAGGCUACCUACCGGGGCGCUCUGCACAGGAGUGUAAAAACAGAUUCACGGUGGUCUUAGACCCAGAGCUCAUUAAAGGAGCCUGGACCAAAGAAGAAGAUGAAAGGCUCAUUCAGCUGGUGUCUUUGUUCGGGGACAAGAAGUGGAGCACAAUUGCCAAGCACCUGAAAGGGCGGCGGGGCAAACAGUGCAGAGAGCGGUGGCAUAACCACCUGGACCCGUCUGUGAUCAAGACGCCCUGGACAACAGACGAGGACCUGCUGAUCGUCAAGUGCCAUUGUGUUCUGGGGUCUCGCUGGGCACAGAUUGCAAAGUUUCUCCCUGGAAGGACUGAUAACUCCAUAAAGAACCAUUGGUAUUCAACCCUAAAGCGUAAAAUGGACAAGGGGACCUAUAAGAUGGAGGAUGUGGAUCUGAGUGAUCUGGGAAUCUACCUGACGCUAAAGGAAACCUCUGCUUCCACCAGUCAUGAAAAGUCAGUAAGUGCAGCGGAGCCGUUGCCCAGGGGGAAGCCGCUGAAGAGGAAGGCUUCGGACAGAACCCCGAAGGCCAGCUGUCCCCCGCUCUAUCCGUCCUCACCCUCCUUCUCCAGGAGUCCGUCCAUCGUGGACCCGCAGCACAAAGCGUUUGUAGAUGAUGUUUUGCAGAUGAUUUCCGAGGACAUGCUCCCGCUAAACUUCACUGAAGGGUGUGGGUUUCGUAAGUUCAUGACUGCAGUGGGUCCUCAACACCCACAGCUCUCGCAGCGCACGAUCGCUUCACAACUGUACAGCGCUGUGGAGAAAACCAUCAAGCCACGGCUGAUCCAGCAGCUCAGGAACUGUGUGUCGCUGAGCGGGGGCCGUAAUGUGGUGCACAUCACCGCUGAUAUCUGGGCUAGUGAACACACAGAACCUCUUCUCGCCGUUCAGAUGCAUUUUCUUGAUGCCGACUGGAGCGUUCACUGCAGAACUGUGGCUUUUCGCCAUUUGCAGUGUAAUCAGUUCACAGCACAGAUCGGAGCAGAAAUCGAGUCGGUUCUUCUAAGCUAUGGGCUUUUCCCGCAUAACAUCGGGUACAGCAUCAUCCAUGAGGCCAAGAACACUAUCGCCACUCAUGAUCUGUUCUGCGACUACAAGAUCAUGUGUUCUGCGCAGAAGAGCGACCCCGAUGAAGAGGAGUUAUUGAGUUUUCUGGAUGAUCAGGUCACCAUAGAUGAUUUCUCUAUAGCGGAGAUAUCCUCCAGCAAACACCUGGACUGCAUCACCUCCCUCCUGCAUUGCGUGAUCAAGGAGGCGAUAAAGAAGUCCAGAGUUGUGGAGCGGAUACUGUUUGAGGUGCAAAGCGUGGUGUCUUUCUUCCGCCGCAACGCCUACUGGCUUGAGCUUCUGGCUAAGAAAUGCAAGCUCUCGCUGUCUGGCACGUUCGGCACAAGCGGCUACACCUGGAACUCCACAAUCAGCAUCAUCCGAGAGAUAAUGCAGGAAUCGGCGUGGGACUCGGUGAUGAGCCUCGUGGAUCAAGCCCACGCAGAGGCGAACAGCUGCCACGUGUGUCCACCUGUGGUCCAUGUUACACGUGAACAGGUCGUGGAGUUCGUUGGUUUAAUGGAGCCUUUUGAAGAGGUGGUCCAAGUGCUUCAGGAAGACGGCGUCACCUUGUCCCUCGUCAUUCCUACCAUCAUUGGACUUGAUAAAACACUUGAGAGCAAGACCACAAAGUUCAGCUUUUUCUGCUCAUCCCUGCGUUCUGCUCUCCGCUCUUACUUCCAACCUCUUAUUUUGCGGAGAGAUUUGAUACUAGCCACAGUUCUGGACCCACGAAUCAAGCUUCAACCCUUUGACAACGGAAAAGAGAAAUUCAAGACUAGCACACUGUUCACCCCUUCCAAACACCGGGCGUCUUUAGUUGUGGAGUCCGCGCUGAGUGAAGCCGCUAGAGAGACCGGGCGUGAUAAGCCAGAGCGUGUUGACGUGUCUGAGCUGACUCAGUAUCUGUCAGAGCUCUUGUCUGAGGAAGACGUGUCCGUUCAAAGCUUCUGGAAAGAAGCGACCCGCUUCCCUCGCCUGCGGAGCAUCUGCCGCAAAUGGUUGGCCGUCCCAGCAUCCUCGGGGGGGUUUAAGAGGCUGUUCCCUCUGGCGUGCUGUAUUGUGCGGGCCCGCAGGAGCAAGCUCCCGCAGCACACGGCCGAGCGGCUCCUGCUGUACCGGGAGCACCUGAGGAAGAGCACGACCGCGGCGGGGGACACACUCCGCUCUCUGCCUUGAGGAGCGGGGACAUAUGCGGAUAUGAAAUGUACCUCUUUUUUUUUUUUUUUUUUCAGUGGAUCUUUUUUAAUUGAGUGACUUUUCAUGAGCAUGCCACUGACAAUAAACCUGAAACUUGAAUAAUCUUGAAACUUUUGACAUCUAGAACUACAUUGGUUGUCAAAUUGUUCACAAAAUGUACCUC